GGGACCAGCGUAAUUUGUGACAUUUUGAUUUUGACUGCUAAUUGAAUAUAUUUCUAGAGCAUCGCAAGCUCGAAGUCAUACUCAUCACAAGCUACUCAUAAUGACGCUAUAUACACCUCUAGAUUCAGACCUGUGCCAGAUUCGGCGCUUGGUCCUUCAACCGGCUGUCAAUUUUGAUGAUCCUCUCCACAGUCAUCUCGAUGUCAUUUCUCUGGAGUCCAGCCCGGAUUUUGAAGCUCUAUCAUAUGUAUGGGGCUCAACCACACCAGCUAAAACUAUCACUCUCGGUGACCGUCUAGUGACCAUUGGUCCAAAUCUCGACAAUGCCCUGCGCAACCUCCGUCUUCUUGCCGCACCUCGUAUUCUCUGGGUUGACGCCUUAUGUAUUAAUCAAGAUGAUCUUGAUGAGCGAGCAUCACAGGUUGCGCUGAUGAGGAGGGUCUACUCCGAUGCAUCCACGGUAUUGAUAUGGCUCGGACCGGAGGCAGAUGGCAGCGAAGAAGCGAUGCGGAGUGUUGAAAGGUUUGACAAGGAAUAUUGGCAAACUUAUGACUUCCAGGCCCAAUUUAUGGAGAUUCUAUUUCGACCCUGGUUUACACGUAUAUGGACGGUCCAGGAGUUCGUCAUGGCUAAGCACAGCGUUGUGGAUGGAAGAAUGAAAAAUCCUCUAUUUGGAUGUGGAAACGUUUGCCCUGUGGUGGCAAAGUUAAUAAUUUCGACGAAAAGAAAUUCAAUAUAAAUCCCCAUACAAAUUUUUCAUUCGUACAUUACGUUUAUAAUAUAUUCAAUUCGUCAGUAACGAUAUAGCCAAUUCAUUAAUAACGAAUAGAAUCGGCACAGAUUGAGACCCGUUUAGUAUUGACUUUUAAUAGAAAAAAAGAAAAUGGGGGUCUUGAAAGGUCUUAGAGAUUUCAGGAUUGAUGGAUAUUAGAGUUCUAGAAAAGGUGGACGAAAGGGGAGUAAGUGUAAAAGCUAGAAGAAGGGGAGGAGUGAGUAUAAAGCUAGGAGGAAGAGGGGAGUGAGUGUAAGAGCUAAAAGGAGAGGGGGAGGCAUUAGUCGAAAGCUUAAAAGGGAUCA